CGUAGUUCGUCUGUUCACGUGGGUCCCCUGUCGUCAUGGCUGCCGUUCGGAAGCCAGUACUGCUCGGUCUUCCGGACGCAGCGGUGCAUGGCUGCCCCACAGGGCCAGGCGCCUGGACAGCUAGCAAGCUGGGCGGCCUUCCGGACGCCCUGCCCGCGGUAGCAGCGCCGAGGCCAGUGUGUGAACAUUGCAGGCAGCCGCUUGCCCUGGUCGUGCAGGUGUACUGCCCGCUGGAAGGCUCCUCGUUCCAUCGGCUACUGCACGUGUUCGCUUGCCCCAGCCCCGGGUGCGGCGGCGGCGGGGCGCGCAGCUGGCAGGUGUUCCGUUCCCAGUUCCUGCAGAUGCGAGAGAAAGAAGUGCCGGACACUCAGAAACAGGAAAACGGCCUUGCAGCUGAGGAGUGGUGUGAGGGUGCGGAUGACUGGGGAGGUGACAAUGAGGAGGCGCCUUCACCACAGCGUACCUUGGGUUUUGGAAAGGAUUCGAACAGUGCCAAGGACACAGACUGGACUGCCCAGCUCCAAGACCUCCGCCUUCAGGAAACUCACACGAAUGCUGCUCUUCCUGUGCCUCCUGGGGAAGGGAUGGCCUUGCCUCCUGUGGUGCCACAGUUCCUGCCCCACUACAUCUGUGUGGUAGAUGAGGAUGAUUACAGAGACGUUGUCAGUCUAGAUCAUGCGCAUAGUCUUCUCAGGGAAUAUCAACAACGAGAAGGAAUUGAUAUGGAACAGUUGCUUUCCCAAAGUCUUCCUAGUGAUGGUAAUGAAAAAUAUGAGAAGACCAUAAUUAAAAGUGGAGAUAAGAUAUUUUACAAAUUCAUGAAGAGAAUUUCUGCUUGUCAGGAGCAGAUUUUGAGGUAUUCCUGGAGUGGACAACCACUGUUUUUGACCUGCCCUACCUCAGAAGUCACUGAGCUCCCCGCCUGCAGCCACUGCGGAGGCCAAAGGACAUUUGAGUUUCAGCUUAUGCCAGCACUGGUCAGCAUGCUAAGAAGUGCUAAUUUAGGUCUUUCUGUGGAAUUUGGAACAGUUCUAAUUUACACAUGUGAGAAGAGUUGCUGGCCUCAAAAUCAGCAGACUCCCAUGGAAGAAGUUUGCAUUGUACAAGAAGACCCAGAUGAAUUAUUAUUUAAGUAGAAUAUUUCCAUUUUUAAUAUAAAUUCAAAUAAAUUUUAAUGUCCAA